AAGGUUGUAGCUUGAGUUUAUGGAAUUUAAUGUUUUAGACUGUUUCUGUUCAUUGCUUAUCAUCUUAUGAACAAUAUAUUAGACCUAUUACUAGGGUAUUGUAGAUUCUAGCGGCGUUUUCCAUUGAUAUUGACUACUGUUUAUAAACUUUUGACGAUGGCAUCUUAAGAGAUGUGUUGUUUUAUCAAAGAAAAUUGUGAGAUCUGGAGGAUAUGCCUUUCUACAGUGGUUGACUUUGUCAUUAACAUUUGAUUAUAAUGUUAAUUAGUUCAUAGUUGGUAUAACAAUUUUUCAAUUAGCUUCUGAGUAUAUUUUAGUCAUGUGGUCUGGAAAUGUAUCAGGACAAGGGGAUUCUUACCCCACACAAUGGGCAUUAAAUCCCAGUGCCCAGUACCUUCAUAUGCCUCCAGAACAAGGUAAAACUUUUGAAAACUUAUCUACCAGAAGACAAUUAACAUUAGUUUUAUGAGACAUAUUUUUCUCUUGUUAUCAUAUUGUUUAUGCUUAGUUGACUGGGCAAGUUUGGCACAACAAUGGAUAAAAAUGAAAGAAGAAGCACCACAAUCCGAGAAAGAACAAGGAGAGGCUCCAAUGGACAUAAUAAAAGAUGAUAACACACCAACGCCAGCACCUACUACCAUUCCUAGUCCUGCAUGGCCAGCUACUCAAAUUCAGCCAGCUCCAGAAACAGCUAAUUGGUGGAGCUGGAGCCAAGCUGGUACCACUGGAAGUUGGCCGAUGUCGACUCCAUACACAGCCUUGCCAGUAGCUGAUUCUACAGUGGCACCAACUGCUCCUACGUAUCCUUAUACUCCUGCAGCACCAUCGGCACCUGAGACUUAUGUUCCUCCUCCUCCUAAUACAUUUUGGGGAAAUGAGAUGAGAGUUCCCUCUGGAAAAGAAGAGGCAUCUUCUUGGGAAAGUAGAAAUCAUAAAAAACCAGUGGUAGAUACUGUCACAGAGAUAGAUGCUGCAAAAAGAAAACAACUCCCUGCUUGGAUUAGAGAAGGACUGGAAAAGAUGGAAAGAGAGAAACAAAAGAAAGCUGAAAACGAAAGACUUGAAAGGGAACGUAAGGAAGCUCUUUUAAAAAAAUCUCUUGGUGUUCCAGAAACUGUUGCUGUAUCUCAGUUUGAUGGUAAUGGGUAUGAAGAGCCUCAGAAAAGCAAAUUUGAAAGUGAAACUUCUGAUGAUGAAGCUGAUGACAAAGAAAAGGAGCGAGGGAUUACUGAAGAAAUUAAACCUCGUAAAUCUAGAUUUGAUGUGCGUCAAGUAUCACCACCCAAGCCUGUAUUCAGGACGAAAGAACAGAUACUUCAAGCCGUUAUGGGAGAUGUUAGAAAGAUUCUUACUCAGAUUCUCAUGGAAGUUACCUCAGAAGAAAUUGAAAAAGCAGUUGAAGAUGUGUCAAAGUAUUUUCGUAAAAAAGCUCCAGCAACAACAGUACGCAAGACCCCGGCAUUAACCUCCCUUACUGGAAAAUUAGGGCUGGGCAUAUACGAGAGUGAUUCUGACAGCGGAGAAAGUAGCGAUGAGAAGGUAACAAAUGAGCCAGAUUCUGAUCAAGAGAUAAAAGACAGGAUUGAAAGAUUGAAAAAUGAAUUUGUUCAAACAGAGAAGUUUAUAGAGCGAGAAUUGAUUGAACAAGAAGAAAGGGAAAAAAGGCAAUUGCUUAAGGAAAAGAGGGAGAGUUCUGAAGAAAGAGAAGGUCAGGUACAGACGCUACAACUUUCAGGUAAGAAACCCACCAAAUUUAUUAUAACUCUGGGAUCCUUCACUGAGAAGUUACUACUUCAUCUAACUAACAUUCUAAAUAUUAUUUGAAGAUUUUAUUUAGAAUGGUUAUCUACGACCUAUUAAUUUGGUAUUUAGCCAUAUUAAAUAAAAACAUUUGUAAAUUGCAUUGUAUCUCCUGUCUAAAUUUAUUAUUAUUAUGACACUUAAUGAGGAGUUCAUCAAUGCCUCAGUCUGCUUAUUGUAAGUUAUCAUAUGACCCAAUCAUAUUUGCUCUUAUAAAGUGUCAUAUUCGUUUUAUAUAAAAUGUUUGUAAUUCAUUUAAUUUUCUUGUGGUUUCACUUUAAAUAUCUUUCAAUGUCUUGUUUGAUCCUAAUUUACCUGCUUUCUAUAUCUUAUAUGUUAGAAUUGAAGGUCAGGUCAUAUAAGUAUUAUUAUGCUAAAAUUUCUAUAAAAUUUGUUUGAAAGACAUUAAAUUAUACUAGAGCUCAUAAACUUUUAUCUGAUUUCCUAUUAUCUGGUUCCUAGUUAUCAAAUUAUUUCAUGACCAGUUAAAUAUUUUUGAUAAACAAAAAUGAAAGGUACUUUAGAGGAAGAAAAAUUCCCUAUCGUAGGCAUAAAAAGGUAUUUGGUUGAAUUUUUUUGUAAUUAGAUUUAAGUGGAACCCAUUAUGAAAUUCAUUUUAUUUAAAUCCAGUACUAUCAAAUGUUGCAAGGUUCGUUUUUCUGCCUUAUUUGACUGGGUUAAUAAUUGCUGUCCCAGAAGCAACUUAACAAAAUUAAAUAAAACGUAAUAAAAUCAAUCCCUGAGAUUAGGUUUGUGUUUGUUAAUAUUUGAAAAAUGAAAAUGUUAAUGUGAAAAUAUCUUUUUAAAAUAAAUCAGAAACUAAAAAUCAGACCUGCAUACUAUAAUUGUGCAAAAUUUUCAGCAUUUCAUCAUUCUUGUGAUUAGCUAUAAUUCAACAUUGUAUUUGACAUGAGGACCAAAUUCAUAUCCUUUGAUUAAUCAUGGAAAGGGCCCAUGAACAUAAGAUGUUUACCCGCCACUUGUUCAUGGAUUUCAGGAAUGUGUACGUUAGUACGAAGUGUCCUAUGUUAUAUGAGGCACUAAGAGAAAUGAAGGUUCCUUCAAAGCUAAUAUGCCUUAAAAAAAAUGACUAUGAGAGAUGUUAGGUGCAGUGUCCGCAUACAGCCCAAACACUCUUCUGAAUUUGGCUCAAACAAAGGACUAAGGCAAGGAGAUGCUUUGGCAUGCCUCCUGUUUAAUUUUUUGUUGAAAAAGUAGUGAGAGAAAUGGGUAUCCAGAAUAAUGGCACCAUAUUCAAUAGAUUGGUCCAACUGCUCGGUUAUGUGGAUGACCUUGAUAUAGUGGUGUGAUCCUCUACUGCGCUCACUGAAUCUUUCUUAAGCCUACAGAGAAGUGCCGCACGCAUGGAACUGGCUAUUAAUGAAAACAAAACGAAAUAUAUGUACACCGGAGGAGUCAGACCUCAAGAAAAACAGGUUGUCAUAGAAAGCUGUACCUUUGAGAGAGUGGAGAAGUUUAUUUACCUUGAAUCUUAGUUCACAGCAACAAAUAAUUUUGCCAUUGAAAUAAAGCGAAGGAUCACAGCAGCUAACCGAUGCUGUUUUGGUCUGUUGAUAGAGCUCCGGAUCAAGCUCAUUAGCAGGAAAACAAAGGUCCAUUUAUAUAAAACUCUAAUCAGGCCUGUCCUAACAUACACCUCCCAGACAUGGACACUAUCCGCACAGGAUAGAAAUAAUCUCCUGGUCUUCGAGAGGAAGAUCCUUCGAAGAAUCUAUGGACCGGUAAUAGAUGAGGAAAGCUGGAGAAGAAGAAAUAAGGAACUCUAUGAGCUGCUCCAGGGUAUAGAUAUUGUGACCUUUAUUUGGGUGGGCAGGGCAUGUUGCACGGACGAGUCCCGACGAAAUGGCUAAAAGAGUCAUGGAAGCAGAAAUACAUUGUCCAAGAAGAGUCGGACUGUCCAAGGUCCGGUGGAUGGAUGGCGUGGUAUAAGACCCACGGAACCUGCUUGGCAUUCUAAAUUGGAAGGCAGCAGCCCAAAACCGAGCCGAAUGGAGGAGGCCAGGAACCAUCACAGGGUUGUGGUGCCAUCUGAUAGUGCCAAAAACAGCUAAAUAAUAUCAACUGUUUUGAACAUUUUGACAAAAAAUCUCAGAAACUAAAAAUCGUACCUGCAUAUUGUAAGCAAGAAAAAUUUUCAGCAUUUCAUUUGUAAUGAGCUAUAAAUCGAAAUUUUAUUUGAUGUGACGCUGAGUUAGAGAGUUAUGAUGGGAAAAAUACAGCGCCCCAAAAAUAAAAUAAAAUAAUGACUGUUUUGAAGAAUGUGGAAGUCAAUUUAGAUAUAUUUUUUUAAUAAAAUAAGAAAUUAUGUAUUUUCUGUUGAACUUGAUACAGUUUCGACAAAUUAGUUGAAAAUAUUGACCCAUGUUACUGAAGUUAUAUAAAAAAAAUUAUAGAGUUUUUGUUAGAUAUUUAGUAAAUAAAUUUCAAUCAAAAGUGAUGAAAUAAAAUGAGUUAAUGAAUCAAAAGUAUUCAUUACAUAUUUAGGCUAUCAUAAACCUAUUAUAUCAUUUUUAGAGUAUGAUAAAAAUAACAAUCAGUUAGAGCAAAGUUUACUUGAGUAAUUUAUACACAAUUAUAAUUGUGUAUAUUGUAAAUUUUUCGUUUAGUUUCAUUAUCAAGAGGUAAACUAGACUCCCGUUUGGGUCUCCUGUUGUCUCACAACUGCUGUGGGGGAUUCAUGGGGUAAGUUGAAAAUUAGGGAUGCUAUUAUACAUAUAUCUCAAAUUCAUAUUCAGCAUUCCAAAAACAUAAAAACCUUAGGGAAGCCGGCUAUGUGAUUAGAUGAGAUUAACAGAGAAUUUAAAAUGGUUAUUAGGUGUAACUCCUUCAGUUAAAUGAAGUGACCAGUAGCUCCUGGUCUAUGUCAUGUUUAAUUUAGCAUUAGAACCAGGGGUACACAAACAUCCCAAGGUCAGUGGCCCAUGAACUCUCCCCCCCUUCCCCCAAGAUAUUUUAUUGCUCUUCUCUUCUUAAAAACAGUGUAUGUGAAAGUAGAAUUAGAAAAAUAGUAGAACACAUACAAUUUCGUUUGCUUGCUGUCAGUUUCAUGUUUCCCUUGAUUCCCUGGUUUGAAACAUUUUAUUCCAAAGAUUCAAAACCCAAUCGAAAUGUGCUCCCUCCCCCCAUAAAUUUUGAUGGUACAUCUUGCGCCAUGAAACCUCUUCUAAGCACUCCUGAUUAGAACAUCCCCAGGUAGGUAAUGCAUACUGAAAAAUGUUUGAAUCUGUGGUUAUGCUGAUGAUUUGGUCCUGUUAAGUGAAGACCUGGAAAUUAUAAAACUAAAUAUGUCAAUGUUAAUUAAAGCCAUUAAAGAAUUGGGACUCGUGAUAAAUACGGAUAUCAAAAAAUAUAUGGUUAGCUGUGAAAAUGGCAACAAUUUCGGUGAUAUCAAUAUAGAACGAAAUAUGUUUGAACACAUAGAAAACUUUAUGUAUCUAAGGAAAUGCUUGUUAUUUUUCUGUGUCAAAACCGAGCUAAGUGGUUUGUUAUCUCCUGUUGUCUCACAACUUAAAAAUUGGAAUUUACUCCUCCAUUAUUUACUCCACCUAUGGUUCUUUAUGAAUGCAAAACGUGCCUGCUUAUAUUAAGGGAUUAGCUAUGUCUUAAAGCCUAGUAUACACUAGUAGACCAUGGUGCAUGAUUUGUCAUGAGACACAACUUAUAGACCGUCUAGAGACACAAUUUUUUGUUUCUUUAAGCAUCAACACUGUGAUCUAAAUUUCUCAGUCACAUCUUCAGUCUACCAUGGAGGGUAUUGUUUUGUGUGGAAUGCAUUUCUGCUUAGUGCUAAUUACAAGUGGAAGAGCGCGAAAACCAAAAAAAAAAUACUUCUGCCACUGUCACAUUAUGCUAUGCAGCCAGGGCUUCCAGGCUCACUUUUCUUUUUAACUGGUUUUGUAGUAUUUAUUCGUAACAUUCCACAAACAAUAAAACGCGUGGUGACCUUCAAUUAGUUUGAAAACUUUAUCGUUAGACCACAUUGUUUCAAAAGAACUGUAAAACUUCGGAAAAUAACUGUAAACAGCUGAAGACAGAUAUUGGUUUGUCUCGCCUCUAUACACUGAGUGACCGCCACACUCUCAAAAUGUUGCGCAACAUUUCUGACAUGGCAUGUAGUUUCCCAUUCAGAUUAGGAGACUUUAGGCCUGUGAUUGUGAUUUUUGGUCUCACAACAGACCUGUAGACGGGGGUUGGUCUAUAGACAACUUGAGACACGUCUCACAGACCAAAAUCGCACAUGUCUACUAGUGUGGACUAGGCUCUUAAGUUUUUGAAAAUAAAGUAUUCAUAGAAUAUUAGGAUCAAAGAAGCACGAGUCAACCAGAGAGUUUAGACAAUUGUACAUUGCUGAAUUGUAUGAACUGUAUCCUGUUAAUAUAAUUGAGGUGAUACAUGGCGGCGAAUAAAAUGGGCAUUGAAUAAAAUUGUUGGGCUUGCUAAUGUAAGGUAAUAUUUGCUGUGUGGCCUGGUAAAUAUCUGAGGGAUGGACCGAAGUGAAGCUGGGAAGAUUGUGUUAAAUCUGAUUUAGGGGCCUGGGAUUGGUAAUGCCAGCAGUAAUCUUCGGGUUCACUAAGCCCUUUGUUAUUUCUUUAUUUAAGUAAGCAGUUAUGAAAUUUCUUCUGCCUGUUUAAGAUUCUCUUGCCAUCAUUUACUCUUAAUAAAUGUCAUUCUUUUGACAGUAAUUAUGAAAUUAUUAAUUUCAAAGUGUGUUUAUAUCAUGUGUCGACAUUUUUUCUGCCUUAAAGUUUUCUGUUUUUUUGAAAGAUAUUUACAAGAAAACCACUUAA